GGGAAGAGAGAGAGAGAGAGUAGGCGGGUAUCGAAUUUGAGGGUGGGAAAACUGCCACAAACUCACUCACAGCCGCAAAGUUGGGAUGAUUGAUUACGUCGGGAAGAGAAAGGAAGGAAAGAGAGAGAGAGAGAGAGAGAAGAAGAGGAAAAGAGAGAGACGGAGGGAGGGAGAAAGAAAGAGGAAGAACAGGCGGGUAUGGCCCACUUCCUGUUUUUCCCGUGUAAAUCCCUGUAACCACCUGUAUGGUGUAUGGUAUUUCCCCGCCACAUCCGCUUCUCUCCUCAAAUGCGCUUCCGCCUCGUCUCGCUCUCCGUCAUCGAGUUGCCGCAAACGAUGAAACCAAUUGUUACCCCCCUCCCCCAAGUGGCGCAGUAUAUGUCACGUGAUUGAAAAGAGAGGGUUCUCGCAGGGCUGAUUACUAUAUCACUGGACUAC